AUGCAACUCACCAACCUCCUCGCCCUCCCCCCCCUCCUCCUCGCCCUCCCCACCCUCGCCGCACCCCUCCCCACCGCCCUGGCCCAACUCCUCUCCAUCGCCCCCACCUCCACCACCUGCGCCUCCGCACCCUUCCCCCUCGAAUGCCGGACCGCCGAGCAAGCCGCACCCUUCCUCAUCUCCGCCAUGGCCGCCAACUCAGUCUACGCCCCCCCGGAGCUCGCCGCCCUCUUAGCGCUCAUCGCCUUCGAAUCCGGGGAUUUCAAAUACUCCCACACCCACUUCCCCGGCCGCCCCGGCCAAGGAACGCGUAACAUGCAGAUGCCCGGCUUCAACCUCGCCUACGCGCUUAGUCUCCCCGGGACUAAAGACGCGGCUGCCAAGAUUGCCGCGGGGAGACAGGCGGAUGCGCUGAGUGAUGCGGAGAAAGACCGGGUUCUGGCGCUGGUGGAGGGGGAUGAGUUUGGGUGGGGGGGGUGGCGUGGUUUUAUAAUAGUCAGUGUGGGGAGCAUGUGCAUACCGCCGUGAAAGCCGGGGGGAAAGCUGGGUGGGUGAGUUAUUUGGGGUGUGUGGGUGUUACUUCGUCGGCCGAGAGGGAUGCGUAUUGGGAGAGGGCGACGGCGGCUUUUGGGUUGUGAGGGGUGGCGGAUGGUCCGCAGGCAGACGAGAAAUGGGGGGGUGAGGAAUGGGGGUGAGAUGGAUGGUUUGUUGUAUAUAUACCCUUCUUACAGUAUGCGAGUUAUCUUAAGAACGUUUAUGUGUUGGUGUAGGAUGUAUAUUGAUCACGGGGAUGUAGAGUGUAAGCUGUAUACUGGCUACAUCAUCUCCAUGACCAAUAUACAGCCUAUACACCCUACACGUCCCAUCUCCAUGUCAAAUAUACAGCCCACGUCUUCAUAACCAUGACCAAUAUACAUCCCAUACCUCCCC